GAUGAACUUCUGUGAAACUUUUCUCUGACAUUCAGCUGAGCCGCGCGAGGACACGGCGGAGAGGGCACCGCGCGCACAUCAGAGCCGACAGGACGACAUGAAGCGACUGGUGUUUAUCACCGCGUUGCUAUGGCAAUGCUGCCACGGCCAGCAGAGAGGACUGUUCCCAGCAGUACUGAAUCUGGCGACUAUGGCAGAUAUAACAGCUAACGCUACCUGCGGUUCAGCGGGACCAGAGAUGUUCUGUAAGCUGGUUGAACAUGUACCAGGUCAGCCAGUGAGAAACCCACAGUGUCGAACCUGCGACCAAAGGAGUCCAAAACCAUUUGAGCGUCACCCCAUUGAAUACGCCAUAGACGGAACCAACCGUUGGUGGCAAAGUCCGUCUAUCAAGAAUGGAAUGGAGUACCACUAUGUGACGAUCACACUGGACUUAAAACAGGUUUUCCAGAUUGCUUAUGUCAUCAUAAAGGCAGCCAAUUCACCUCGCCCAGGUAAUUGGAUCUUGGAGCGUUCAAUAGACGGUGUGACUUUUGAACCCUGGCAAUACUAUGCUAUAACAGACACUGAGUGCCUGACAAGGUUCAAUAUAAAUCCAAGGACGGGACCUCCAUCCUACACCAGAGAUGAUGAAGUUAUUUGCACAUCCUUUUACUCAAAGAUUCACCCGCUGGAGAAUGGAGAGAUCCAUACAUCUCUCAUCAAUGGUCGACCGAGUGCAGAUGACCCGUCCCCGACCCUGCUGAACUUCACCUCUGCCCGCUACAUCAGGCUAAUGUUGCAGCGAAUCAGAACACUGAAUGCUGACCUCAUGACUCUGACUCUCCACGACCCCAAAGAUAUUGAUCCCAUUGUGACAAGACGGUACUACUAUUCCAUUAAGGACAUCUCAGUUGGAGGGAUGUGUAUCUGUUACGGCCAUGCCAAAGCCUGUCCACUCAACAGUGUUACCAAGAAGUUCAGCUGUGAAUGUGAACACAACACAUGUGGGGAGAGCUGUGAUCGUUGUUGCCCAGGUUACCACCAGCAGCCCUGGAUGGCAGGAACCUUCCUCACUCGACAUGUCUGCGAGAAGUGUAACUGCCAUGGUAAGGCAGAGGAAUGCUACUUUAAUCAGACUGUGGCAGAUCUUUCACUCAGCCUGGACAUCCACGGUCAAUACAGAGGUGGGGGCGUUUGUAUAGGCUGCCGUGACAACACAGCUGGCAUCAACUGUCAGAGCUGUGUUUCUGGAUACUAUAGAUCCACUGAGGUGAGUGCUGAGGAGCAGGACCCCUGUACCCCCUGCUCAUGUGACCCACAUGGUUCUGUCAGCCAAACAUGUGUCACAGAUUCCAGCCAAGCUACGACCAGCCAGCCAGCAGGGUCAUGCUGGUGUAAGGAGGGUUUUGGGGGUCUGCGAUGUGACAGGUGUGCUGUCGGUUAUAUGGGCUAUCCAUCCUGUCAACGCUGUAACUGCAGCCUGGAAGGAAGCACCAAUGCUGACCCAUGUAUAACACCCUGCAUGUGCAAGGAAAAUACUGAGGGAGAGAAUUGUGACCAUUGUAAACUUGGAUUCUACAAUCUACAAGCUGACAACCUACGUGGCUGUGAGAAGUGCUCCUGUAUGGGCCUUGCUAGUCAGUGCUCUGCCUCCACAUGGACCUAUCAGAAUGAGAGCACCCUGACAGGCUGGCACCUGGUUGGAGACACAGGAGGGAGGGUGUGGUCUGUUCACAGACAGACGCCUCCAUACCUGAGCGUCCGACAUUUAGACGUUGUGAACGAUCUUGGCUCCGCCUACUACUGGAACGCACCUGGACAGUACCUGGGAAAUAAGCUUGCAGCCUAUGGAGGGAGUGUGGUCUUCACUGUGUCUUAUACUACAGAUCAACAAGAGCAAAUGGCCAUUAGAGUCACCUCAGAACCUGACCUAAUCAUAGAGGGAGGCGGGAUCAAGAUUAUUGACAAAAGGUUUGGCCAACCGGUGUACCCUUCCUCACCCAGUACCAACCACAUCGUUCUUCUACCAGAGAACUUCCUGGUUGCAGAGACAGCGCAGCCAAUUAGUCGGAGAGAUUUCUUGUCUGUGUUGGCCAAUGUGAACAGAGUGACAGUCCGGGCCUCUUAUAGCACAGAAAUCAGUGCUGUUUACAGACUCCACCUAUUCUCAAUGCAGGUAGCAAAUCCCUCUGCCAGAGGAGAGAGGAGAGCAUCAGCUGUGGAAAUGUGUUCUUGUCCUCCUGGAUAUGCUGGAACUUCCUGUGAGGCCUGUAUUCCAGGUUUCCGGAGGGUUAAUGGGAAUCUGUAUAAUGGUGUGUGUGAACCUUGUCGUUGCCAUGGACACACCACACAAUGCCACGAAGUCACAGGACAUUGCCUGGACUGUAUUCACAACACAGCUGGCCCCCACUGUGACACCUGUCUACCUGGUUACUAUGGCAAUGCCACCCAUGGAUCACCUGAAGACUGUCAGCCCUGUGCUUGCCCGCUCAAUCUUCCUAGCAACAACUUCAGUCCCACCUGCCGCUUAGGUGAAGAAGGAGAGCUGCUGUGUGACCGCUGUCAGCCCGGCUACACAGGACUUCGUUGCGACAGAUGUUCCAAUGGAUACUACGGCCAGCCCACUGUACCAGGAGGUUCCUGCCAGCCCUGCGAUUGCCAUGACAACCUGGACCUAUCCGUACCUGGCAGCUGCGAUCCAAUCACAGGCCAGUGUCUGCGGUGUCGCCAGGGUUAUGGCGGCCUGGCUUGUAACAGCUGUGCUGAAGGUUACUACGGCGACGCCAUCACAGCAAAGAGCUGCCAACCCUGCCAGUGCCAUACUAAUGGCUCUGUAUCUGAGGUGUGUAACAAGGAGACUGGGCAAUGCCAUUGCAGAGAAAAUGUGGUUGGACGACAGUGUGACGAGUGUAUGCCUAACUGCUGGUGGGAUGCUGAGCGUCAGGAGUGUAUGCCCUGUCGCUGCAGCCCUCACGGAUCCAUUUCUCAGCGCUGUGAUAUUGAGGGCCGCUGCAUCUGUCGCCCCGGCUUUGUGGGCCGACGCUGUGACCUGCGUCGCCAAAGUUAUGAAAGGCGGGAAACACGGCGGCCUGUGGAGCGCGUUCCCAUAGAAGCUGUGCAGCAAAGAUGGGGGGGCACUUCCCGCACGGGGGGGUGUCCCAGGGGCGCAUACAGGCCUAAGACGGGGCCUCAGACUCAUGGCGUCACUACAGGCGGAGUGUGUGUCCCAUGUCACUGCAACUCUUUUGGUUCCAAAUCCUUUGACUGUGAUGAAACCGGUCAGUGUCGGUGUCAGCCAGGCGUCACCGGGCCCAAAUGUGACCGCUGUUCACGAGGAUUCUUCAAUUUCCAGGAGGGCGGCUGCACACCCUGUCAGUGCAGCCAUGUGGGGAACAACUGUGAUGCUAACACUGGACAGUGUAUCUGUCCCCCAAACACUAUUGGUGAGAGGUGUGACCGCUGCGCUCCCAACCACUGGGGCCAUGACAUCAUAACUGGAUGCAAGGAGUGUGGCUGCAGUGUGAUCGGCUCAGUGACCCAGCAGUGCAACGUGAACACUGGCUGCUGCUUCUGUCGUGAUUCCUUCAGAGGAGAAAAAUGCAAUGAAUGUCAGAUUGGAUACAGAGACUUCCCUCAGUGCACCCAGUGCAAGUGCAGCAUCUCAGGAUCGGACAGCCAGACCUGUGACCUGGAGAGAGGAGUGUGUGGCUGUGCAGACCGAACAGGAAAAUGUAGCUGCAAGGUAAAUGUGGAGGGAGACAACUGCGAUCGCUGUAAGCCAGACAUGUUUGGGUUAUCUGUACAAAAUCCACUGGGCUGCAGCAAGUGUUACUGUUAUGGACUGACACCCUCCUGCACAGAGGCACAAGGACUUAUCAGGAUGUGGUUAACACUGAAGCCAGAGCAGACGGUACUCCCCCUAGUGGAUAAAUCCUGCGCUGUGGAGACCAGGAGAGGAGUUAGCUUCCAGCACCCUGAGAUCCUGGCUCAUGCAGAAGUUGUCACCUCAACUCUCCCUGAACCAUACUACUGGAAACUGCCGGAGCAGUUCAGAGGCUCCAUGAUCACAGCAUAUGGUGGGAAGUUGAAAUAUGCAGUGUACUAUGAGUCCAGAGAUGAAACUGGUCCUUCCUCCUACGAGCCUCAGGUCAUUGUUAAGGGGGGUCCUAACCACAACAUCGUGAUGACGCGCCACAUACCAGGACUCCAGAUUGGUCAGCUCACCCGCCAUGAGAUUGACAUGACAGAGCAUGAAUGGAAGCAUGCAGAUGGCCGGUCGAUGACUCGAGAGGACUUCAUGGAAGUUUUGUUCUAUGUGGACUACAUCUUAAUUAAGGCAUCACACGGCAACUUGAUGAGACACAGCCGUAUUUCAGAAAUCAGUCUAACAGUGGCUGAGGAAGGCAGACCAACCAAAGAAAGUGAGAAAGCCCAUCAGAUAGAAAAGUGUGACUGUCCUGCUGGAUACUCUGGACUGUCUUGUGAGGAGUGUGCUGCAGGUUUUUACCGUCUUCGCACCGGUUCCCUGACAUCUGUUCCAGCAUCCAGAGUGCCCACCGCUGCCGGCAUGGGCAGCUGUGUUCAGUGCCAGUGCAGUGGGCACUCCUCCACUUGUGACCCUGAGACAUCCAUAUGCCAGAACUGUCAAGACAACACAGAGGGUGAUCGGUGUGAACGCUGUGCUCCUGGUUUCUACGGUGUGGUCCGAGGUUCUCCUGACGACUGUAAACCCUGUGCCUGCCCCCUGAGCAACCCCGAGAAUAAUUUCAGUCCGACCUGUGUAGCAGAGGGUUUUGAUGACUACCGUUGUACCGCUUGUCCUGAGGGAUAUGAGGGCAAAUACUGUGAAAGGUGUGCCACUGGUUACCAUGGUAACCCGAGGAUGCCAGGCGGCCGCUGUGAGGAAUGUAAGUGUUCCCUGUGGGGAGCGCUGCCCGGACCGUGUGACCCUGUCACGGGACAGUGCCGUUGCAGGGUCGGGACAUCAGGGCUGUCUUGUGACCAGUGCAUGGAAAGGCAUGUGUGUGGACCAUCUGGGAUCAUCUCCUGUGAUGACGAGUGCUCGGGUUUGCUGAUCAGUGAUAUGAACCGCCUGUAUCGGAUUAUCACUGAUGUCACUCUGACCACGCCCCUCCCACCACCUUAUAAAGUGUUGUACCGCUUUGAGAACAUGACAGAGGAACUCAAGCACAUGCUGUCGCCUCAAAAAGCUCCAGAGAGAUUACUGCAACUGGCUGAUUCCAACCUAGGAUCACUGGUUGUCGAGAUGGACCAACUACACAGCAGGGCCACUAAGGUGUCUGCUGAUGGAGAACAGGUUGAGGAUGAUGCUGACAGGAUUCAUAAACGAGCUGAGGACCUGGAGCAGUUCAUCAGGGAUACGCUGCUGGGAGCUAAAGACCUCCAAUCUAAGGCUGCCGAGCUGAACCAGACGCUCUCGCGGAGAGAUGGAACUCCAGACAAAAGCCUGAGCGAGAUGAAGGAGGAGAUCCAGGCCAUGCUAGCUGAGAUGAGAAAACGGCAGCUGGGAGGGAAGAAAGGCAUUGCAGAGGAGGAGAAGGAUCUAGCAGAGGAGCUCUAUCAGAAAGUCAAAAGAAUGUUUGGUGACCCCCAUCAAGCCACAGAAGACCUAAAAGCAGAGAUAAAAGAGAAGCUCUCAGACCAUGAGAAAAAGCUCCAGGAGGCCCAGGAUCUGCUCAACUCUGCCCAGGGACAGACAAGGCAGGCUGGCUCACUGGCUGAACAAAACCAAGCUAACCUUACAGCACUGGAGAGGAAGCGGUCUGCCGUCAGUGGGGUGAAGGAGGAAGCACAGAAAGUACUUGGAGAAGGAGAGCGCCUACUGGAGGAAGCAAACCAACUUUCUGACAACAUCAACAAGGAGUUAGAGGACUUGGAGGAGAUGGAGAGAGAGCUUGGUCCUCUUCAUAACCAGCUGGAUGAUAAAGUCACUCAUCUCACCAAUGGUCUGAGUGAUGGCAGCCUGGCUAAUCAUGUGCACGAUGCAGAGGAGCAUGCCAAACAGCUGAACGAAUCUGCAGCCAUUUUAGAUGGCAUUUUGGCUGAAGCUAAAAACCUCUCCUUCAAUGCAACAGCUGCUUUCAAUGCCUACAGUAACAUUAAAGCAAAUGUUGAUGCAGCAGAGAAAGAGGCAAAGGCAGCCAAACAGAGGGCAAGCGAGGCACUGGCACUGGCUUUAGGUCCAGACGUUCCAAUAAAGGAAGCAGCUCAAGGUGCUCUUCAGAAGAGUGAUGUGCUACUGAACGAGGCUAAACAACUUCAAAAUGAUGUUAAAGAGAAUGCAGAUAGUGUGGCCGGGCUGAAGGGCAGAGUUAAAGCAGCGAGAGACAAAAGCAAAGACCUGCUCAAAGCUGUCAACGGAACCAUGGCAACACUCAGCGCCAUCCCCAAUGAUACAGCGGCUAAGCUUGCAGCUACAAAGGCUGUAGCAGCUGAUGCUAAUGCCACAGCCAUAGACGUCCUGGAGCGCCUUGGAGAUUUGAACCUGCGACUUGAUGGCCUUCAGCGCAACUACAGUGAGCUGGAGGACACUGUCAACGCUGCCAAUCAGAUGAUCCAGGACCCGGAAAAAAACAUCCACGCUGCAGGAGCUAAAGUGAAGGAUUUAGAGGAUGAGGCUGACAGGCUGUUGGAGAAGCUGCAGCCUAUUAAAAAGCUGCAGGACAAUUUGAGGCGCAACAUUUCACAAAUCAAGGAACUGAUCAACCAGGCCAGGAAACAAGCUAAUUCAAUCAAAGUAUCAGUGUCAUCAGGUGGUGAAUGUCUCCGUAGUUACCGCCCUGACAUCAGAAAAGGGAGAUAUAAUACCAUCAUCCUUCAUGUUAAAACCACAGCACCUGACAACCUGCUCUUCUACCUGGGAUCAGCCAAAUAUGUUGAUUUCUUGGCCUUGGAGAUGCGUAAGGGGAAGGUGAAUUUCCUCUGGGAUGUGGGCUCAGGUGUGGGGAGGGUUGAAUAUCCCCAUCACACCAUCCAUGAUGGGAACUGGCACAGGAUAGAGGCGUCUCGCAAUGGGUUGAAUGGUACCAUAUCAGUGUAUCCUCUGGAAGGAUCUAUGGCUGGUAUGAUGCCGACGCCAGCCAGUGCCAACUCGCCCACGGCGUACACCAUCCUGGACGUUGACCAGAACGCCUACCUGUUUGUAGGAGGAAUAUUCACCACUGUGAAGAAAGCAGAUGCAGUAAGAGCAACAACAUUCACAGGCUGUAUGGGAGAGACUUUCUUGGAUGGUAAACCUAUUGGACUGUGGAACUACAGAGACAGACAAGGAGACUGUAAAGGUUGUGUUGUCAGUCCCCAGCGUUCAGAUGGUGAGGGGACAGUCCAGCUGGAUGGUGAAGGCUACGCAGCAGUAGGACGACCCACAAGGUGGAAUCCAAAUGUUUCCACCAUUACCUUCAAGUUCCGUACUUUCUCCUCUGAUGCACUGCUCAUGUAUCUGGCUACUGAAGACAUGAAAGACUUCAUGUCCCUGGAGCUGUCAGAGGGUAAGGUGAAGGUGAGCUUUGACCUCGGCUCAGGAGCUAGCAGUGCCAUAUCACCUAACCGCCACAACGAUGGACGCUGGAAAUCUCUCACUGUGUCAAGGAACAAGAAACAAGCUACGGUGACAGUAGUAGACAUCGACAGCAGUGCUGAGGAAAAGAUUGUGACCACAUCUCAGGGUUCAGCUACUGGUCUGAACCUGAAAGAAAACCAAAAAAUCUAUUUUGGAGGGCUGCCAACGAUUGGAAACUACAGCAUGACAGCCAGGUCAGAGGUCACGCUGAAGAGAUAUGCAGGCUGUCUUCGCGAUAUUGAAAUCUCCAGAACUCCGUAUAAUCUCCUGAGCAGCUCAGAUUAUACCGGAGUCACAAAAGGUUGUUAUGUAGAGAAUCUGUACACGGUCAGUUUUUCUAAGCCAGGAUACAUGGAACUGGGAGGCCUGUCACUGGCUGUCGGCACUGAGAUCAGCCUGUCCUUCAGCACCCUAGCAGACACUGGGACCAUACUUUUGGCAGUAGGUGGAGCUUCACCCAUCAGCCAGCAGACCCGCAACACAAACAUGUUCAGCUCCAAGAGGAGACGAAGACAGUCAGGAGAGCCGUACCUCUCAGUCAUGCUGAACAAAGGCUCUCUGGAGGUCUUGGUGUUUACUGGCAGCCACAGUCCACGUCGUGUCAUCAGACGACCUGAUCAAGGCACACUGAAUGAUGGCAGAGAGCACUCAUUGCGCAUAGAGAGGCUGCCUGGCAGAUUCUUUGCAGUUCAGGUGGAUGAGGAGGCCAAGAGAGAGGCAGCACUUCCCAAUGACCAGCCAAUGAGCUUGCAGCGUGUCUUCCUCGGUGGUAUUCCUGCAGAAGUGGAGCAAACAUCCAACAGAGUCAAUGUGCCAUUUGAGGGAUGUAUAUGGAACCUCAUGGUCAAUGCUAUUCUAUCAGAUUUCUCCCAGCCUGUUUCCUUUGAGAACGCUGAAAUCGGCCGGUGCCCGUACCUAGCCCCACCACCACCACCACCUCUUCUACCAGAAGAGGAGGAGCCUGAGAAGGAGAAUUUAAAGCCUCCACUGACCGCAGCUCCCAUCACACCACCUCCAAGUCCUCCUGCUGAGACCACACAGCCUGCUCCACCCGCUGUCACACCUACCACACCCGCUGCUGUAGCACCACCCACUGCUAAGCAGGAUCCCACUGCAGACCUGGAUUCAUGUGCUUCAGCUGUGGCCCCGACAGCGCUGGAGAAGGCAUAUCAGUUUGGACUGACUAGGAACAGCCACAUGAGCUUUGCCUUUGAUGACACUAAAGUCAGAGAGAGGCUAAUACUGGAGUUUGAUCUGAGGACAAAAGAAGAGUCUGGUCUGGUUCUCUACAUGGCAAGAAUCAACCACGCUGACUUUGUUUCUAUACAGAUCAAGGAUGGACAGGUUUGUCUGGGUUAUGACCUUGGACAUGGAAACAUAUCUGGCUGUGUUCCCUUCUCCAUCAAUGAUGGUAACUGGCACAAGAUUCGUGUGAGUCGCGCCAAGCAGAGAGGUCUGCUUAUGGUUGAUGGGCGAUACAGUAAACAGAUGAUCAGUCCAAAGAAGGCUGACCUGUUAGACGUGGUGGGAACGCUGUAUGUUGGUGGGUUACCUCGAAACUAUACCAGCAAAAGAAUCGGACCGAUUCUCUACAGUAUUAAUGGAUGCAUUCGUAACUUUAAGAUGGUUGGAGGUCCUGUAAGCACGAAGGCUCCAGGUCGCUCUGAGGCUGUCAUUGAGGACUUUAAACUGAACAUGGCCACACCCACCUCCAGUCAUAUGGUUGGAAGGUGUUUUGUUGCUACUGAGGCAGGAACCUAUUUUGAUGGCACCGGUUACCUGAAAGCAGUCUCCUCCUAUAGGGUGGGCCUAGAUGUGUCAAUCGCAUUAGAGUUCCGAACCAGCAGGACCAAUGGCGUGCUUUUGGCCAUCAGUAACCAAGCAAAUGAUGGACUUGGUCUCGAGAUUGUCCAGGGCAAGUUGCUCUUCCAUGUUGAUAAUGGGGCCGGACGAAUCACAGCGGAGCACAUGCCAGAGGGAGACGGCUUCUGUGAUGGCCAGUGGCACUCCAUCACUGCCAACAAGCUCCGCCACAGGGUGGAGCUGGUGGUUGAUGGGAAGCAGAGCCAAGCGGAGAGUCCUAAUGCUCGCUCCAACACCUGCGAUACCAACGACCCCAUCUAUGUUGGAGGGUAUCCUGAUGGAGUUCGUCAGGCAGCUCUCUCCACCAACAGGUCCUUCCGAGGUUGCAUAAAGAACCUGAAGAUCACCAAGGCUUCUAAGACGAUGGAUGUGCAGUUCAACAAGGCUCUGGAGAUUAAAGGAGUCCAGCCUCUCUCCUGUCCUGCUGUAGCUGGCUAACUGGUACCAUAGAGCCUCUUCAUGGAGCUACACAGAUCUACAAUGUGUGGAGCUUACUGCAUUUAGGCAAGAUCUCAGUAUUGAAAGCUGCACUGGUCAGAUGUUCAUGUAAACAUAACCCUAAUCUAUCAUUUUGUUAUCAACACCUUUGAUUUUAAUGUGCCGAAAGGUUUGUAAGCAUUUUCAUGGAAGUCCAGUACCAAUACCAACUUAUGUUUCAGUCAGGGAAUAUGAGGCUGUGCAUUCAUAAAUCUUUUUGUACUCCUUAACUAGUGUACUUUUAACCUAAAGCAUGAACUGAAAGACCAUGUGGACUCAUCCCAUUUGUGCGAAUUCAUUUUUCUGGUCUUGUGGCCUCAGUUCGUCAAGAUGAGUGUCCAACCUAAGAGACAGAUUUUUGAAAAUUUUGACAACCUUUGUCUGGCCAAACGCAAUCUUCUCAGCAGCAUAGACACCACCUAUAGGAAGAAAAGUGAGAAUUUUGCAUCUACAUCUUGUUGCUUCUUUGGGGCUACCAACAUGCACAAUUACCUACUGAGAUUUUAAAAGAGCAAGACAAACAUUUUACUUAAAAACACACAAAAAAGCUUGUUACUGCAUAUUAUUAUGUACUGUCGCUAAAAGCCUUGAAAUUCACCUUUAUGCUUCUAGGGAGAGACUGACAGUACAGCAGGAGACCCUGACUUCAUGCAAAGUAUAAGACUCUGGUCAGUACAUUUAUAGUGAUUUAAAAGCAAGCUCUCACCGUGUCUCCUAGUUUAGGAAGAGGAAAGUGUUGCACUUUUACUCAGCUUUUUGAUCAAAGUCAAAACCAACAAAUACUUAAGGCACAUUGCUUUUCAAAAAAAUUAAAACCUUUAAUAAAUAGGCUUAACAUAUGUGUGUUUCAACUCAGUUUAUCCUGUAACUCUUAAGUUGUGGCUGCAUACAACACUACAGGGGGUAUUGCAAAUGCAAAAAAAAUGCCUCCUUGAAGUACACAGCUCUGAGGUUGUCAGUAUGAAAGAGACAGUAAAGAAUAGGUUCAAUAACAACAAAACAAAUGUGUUUCUUUAAUAAUUUUUUUGUGGUCAAUCUUGGUGUUUGACACAUUCUUUUGAAGUUAAGAAAGUUAUGUUUUAUGUUCUAAUCACUGCAUUGUCAGUUUAAUGAACAGAAUGAUUAAGCUUUUAAAACUCUACACAACAGUCAGCAACACCAUUAUAUAUUAUAUUAUGAAAUGAUUUCCUUUUCACACAGUUUCUGAAUUCACCAUUCCUUAUAUACCUGAACAGUUUAAGAUGUUGAAUAUGGUGUCUUUGUAAUCUUGGACCAGCAGAACAUAUCUGCAAGCAUCACCUUGUCUGUGUUAUCAUGCUUAUUUCAGGAUGCUAAAUAUGUUAUUUGGUUAUAUCAGAAAGUAUAAUGGUCACAAUGAAGGAUCCAUUUCUGAAAAUGUCGAAGGCCGGAAACUGUGCAAUUGUUGCAGGUUUCAUGCAUUAUGAAAAGGCAAACAUCGUUUCCACAUGACCUGGAUGACUUUAUCAGGCCUGUAAAAUAUGUCAAGAAGUUGUGUCCUGAUGAAGACUGAGCUGAAACACAUAGGCACUAAGCUCCCUCAUUAAAGGAUUUUUAGUGUUACCUUGGUAUUUUUUGGUUAUGACUCAGCUAAGUACAAGUCUAACUUCUUUCUCUUCCGUCCUUUGAUUUUUUUUUGAUACUUGCAUUUGUGAAGCAGCACUUCUCAGCCAUCUUGCUAGGCAUUUCAUGAUUUGUUGAGGUUUAAUAAAACGUUACCAUUUAGACCUCUGCUGUAGUUACAGGUGCUUACUGUGUUCCAGCUUAUUGUCUUUGGGAUAUGUGUGAUGUGUGAGCAUUAAAGUCUUUCCUUGGCCUUCUUGAAGAGGCAGUCCAGGGUCCUCUGAAGGUUUUGUGCUGGUGAAAUAUUUAUGUAAAUUUACCAGUAAAACAAAAACUUCUCUGGAAAACAAUGAAAAGUUACAGUUUAUACAUGUGUUUUUUUCUACAUUUGUCCUACAUAAACCUUGUUCCCUGAAAAUUAGUUGAGAAUAUCAGAAUCGGAAUCAUUUCUUUGUUGGGGUAUGCUCUUACUCUUAAAGGAGUAGUUGACAUAGAACAUUGUCUAGUCAUUCUAUUCUCACCUUCAUGUCAGUGACACCGUGUAAAAAGCUGGGAUUUUUAGUCUAAAGCUAUACUGACUAGCUACAUUGACCAAUAUCAUGUUGACAUGUUAAAUUUAAACUUUACCAGAUAUGAAGGUGACUAGAAAAUGAGAACUUUUUCUUUUUUUAAGUUUGGGGCUCUAUAUUCCUGUAACAUUCCAUAAACCAAGAGAUUAGAUUGAUACGAUGUGAACCUUUCACACAAGUUGCAGCUUGUAUCAUUUUCUAUAAUAUUGAGAAGGCAAACUGAAGGUACAAGGUUUCUGCAGGACACAAAGUUCAUGUUGUGCAUGGUUUUGCUGAAAAUACUUAAGUAUCUGUUUCUUCAAAUAUAUUCUUAGCAGCAUCACA